UAUAGUAUUUGCAUUAUCAGCAUUUUGGGUAAUAGCUAUUUGUAAUUGUUUAUUGUAGAAACCUGUUUGCUUACAAGAUUUGAUGAAGUCUAUUUGCGAAGUAUUUGGCAAGUCUGCCAGUGCAGCUAGUGGCAGUGGCUCAUCCAAAGCUAGUGCUGCUAAGAAGCCCACUACAGAGAAAUGUUGGGCACUUCAAGUCGAGAAAAAGUUGAGAAGGCAUAAAAAGUACCGAAACCUAGGAGGAAAAGAAUUACAAGAGGAAGUUGAAAGAUUAACUAAAGUUGACAAUAUACUUGAGAAUUUCAGCCAUCUUGUGCAAGAGGUACUUAUUGAACAGGUGAAAGAGCUGGAUGAAAAUUCAGAUGUUGAGUGGUUGAAUUCUACCGAAGUAGGAGAAGCACAGACCCAACAGAGAUGUAGAUCUGUUAAUGUUGCUCGCAUUCCUCUGAAGAUAACCGUUCGUGACCUGAGAUCAAAUCGAAAAGCUCAACGUCUGCUUGAAACCUUUGCUGACAUUUUCAAAAUUGGAGAAUACGGUGCCAAGCAUGUCUCUCUGACUGUUGGUGACGUAGUGCUGGAAUGGGGUAAAGAGAGCUUGGUGGUUCCGUAUUGGGAGCUCGAACAAAAAGAAAGAUCUGUCAAGUCUGAUGCUCGUGACAUCACUUCUCUUAGUACUCACAAUGCUGAAGCAACAGCUGCGCCUGAAGUGGAGCCAUGGUUGCUACCGAUUGAAGAUGAGGUGGAGCACUUGUUUUAUCGUACCAGCGAGAAGCUGGAAGUGUUUCAAAGACUGGCCGAAGUUAUCUCACAAUACAACACAAUGCAUCACUACGAUGUUCUCAAACGCAACUGCCAGGCAUUUGUUAUUGAUGCACUCAAGGCUGUAGGCAUUUCCGAUAAGGUACCCAUUAAGGUCGAAGAAAGUGAACGUAUGCAGCAACUUAGAGUCAAAAAAUUGAGUGAGAUUCCAGACAGUUUUGCUACACAUGAAGAUCUCGAUUUUUUCAUCUCUGAAAAGAGUCAAAGAUGGUUGGACGAGCUGGACCCUGAAAGCUUGGAGUAUUUACAGUUAGUCUACUCGCAGUUCCACGGUGAUAAUAAUACAGGUUGCCAUGUUACUGACUGCCGUUUGUUUAUGAUCACUCCUUCAGUAUGAAUAGUGUCCUUGGAAUAAGAACAGAUCUACUAUGUACUUUUUAAGUUUAGAAGAACACUGAGACUCAGUGGAUUUAUUAACUUGUUGUUGUCUACAUAAUUAUGUUUGCUUUUUAUUACAUGAUGAUGUUUUAAUUCUGUGUAUAUUAUGAUAAUGUGUGCUGAUAU